AUGGUGAUAUGUAACCCUAGCACAGGACAAUCCUUAACCUUACCGAAAGUGAAGACAAGGAGGAUCGAUGUGACCAGCUUUUUUGGGUAUGACCCGAUUGAUAAACAAUUUAAGGUCUUGUCAAUGACAUGGUCAAGGUGUGGAAGGACCACUGAGCAGCAUCAAGUUCUGACAUUAGGAGGAACUGGGAAACUGUCAUGGAGAAUGAUCGAGUGUAGCUUACGUCAUUAUCCUCAAAGUGAUGGGAUAUGUAUCAAUGGUGUUUUGUAUUAUAAAGCUGUGGUCUACGAGUUUGAACGUUAUGGGAUAGUUUUUUUGCUUUGA